AUGAAGACAAAACUACCUAUUAUCAUAAGUAGAAAGAGUUUUAUAUGUUGUUAUGCUACAAGUGCAAAUGAUCAUCAUAAAAGAUUAGAUUUACAUGAUUGGCCAACCACGAAAAACCCAACGCCAUUUGAGAUUUUCAAUAUAUCAACAAAAGAAAUGACGUUGUCACAAUUGGAGUUAAAUCGAAUAAUAAAAAGAAAAUAUAUAUCUUUUGUUAAAUUAUAUCAUCCGGAUACAUCACAUGAAUUAAAUAUAUCUGAAGACAUUAAACGUAAAAGAUUUGAUUUGAUCCAAGAUAGUUAUGAAAUUUUGAAAAAUCCAAGGAGAAGAUUUGCUUAUAAUCGAUCUCAAACAACAAAUUUUCAAAAUACUCCAUAUACAAGAAAUGCUCAAGAUAAUUUUCAAAAUUUUAGAAGAGCACAUGCUCAAAAUAAGCGAUUUAAUUUUGAAAAUGAUGAAGCAUUUUGGCAAGCGGGUACAUGGAAUGAUUAUUAUCAAAUGAAAUAUAAAAGACCACCUCCGACAAAAGAAGAAUUGGAAAAGAAUAAAUAUAAGAUCUUGAUUGGUGUUUUACUUGUUGGUGCUAUAUCUUUUGGUUUACAAUUUAUGAAUGCAAUUGAGAAAACUAAUCAAUAUUUACUUGAAACACAUAAAUUAAAUUUAAAAUCAAUGAAAGAUUUAAAUCAAAGUUAUGAAAAUUAUGGAGAAGGAUUAACUGAUGCUGAUAAUUUAAAAAGGUUUCUUUUAUCAAGAAGAAGUACAAUAAAGUCAAAACAACGAGAUGAAAAUGAACAAAAAAUACAAGAACCAGAUGAUCAUGAUUUAUUAGUUAAAUUUGCAAAGAAAAGAGUAAAUAGAUGGGAUAGAGAUGAAGCAGCAAACACCAAUUUAGAUAUUGAAUAG